UGAAACCUUCUUCAUCCCGCUCACCCAAACCCUUCUCCACAAUCGAGUUUCUCCCAUCACCGAUUCUGAAUCGUGCUUCUGAGUCAAACAGCGAUUCAACCAACCCAAUCGAGCUUCAUCAUCACAGUGGCUUGGCAGAUACAACUUCACAAUAUAUUUUUCUCUUUCUUUCGCGCAAAGCAAAGUAGAUGGUAUAAAUUUGGCAUGUUCAAUUGAAUUUCGAGCAUUUGGUGAUUGGGAUGAAUAAGGGUACGCAUUCUAUGAAAUGGGUUCUUUUGGAUUUCAUUCAGAGGUGCAAUGAUUUGAGAUCCUUCAAACAAAUCCAUGCACAACUUUUGAGAUCUACCCUUGUUGACAAUGACUUGGUUGUAACCAAAGCUGCAAACUUUUUUGGGAAACAUGUCACUGAUAUUCGUUACCCUUGCAAUUUCUUGAAGCAGUUUGAUUGGAGCUUCAGCUCUUUCCCUUGCAAUUUGAUAAUUUCUGGCUAUGGAGCUGGCAACUUCCCUUGGGCUGCAAUUCGGAUUUAUAGAUGGGUUGUCGGUAACGGGUUUGUGCCUGAUGUGUACACUGUCCCAGCAGUUUUGAAAUCAUGUGCUAGGUUUUCUGGUAUUGCAGAGGUUAAACAAAUUCAUACGUUGGCUGUUAAGACUGACUUGUGGUGUGACAUGUUUGUGCAAAAUUCUUUUGUUCAUGUUUAUAGCAUUUGUGGGGACACCGUUGGUGCUAGUAAGGUAUUUGAUUUUAUGCCGGUGAGAGAUGUAGUCUCUUGGACUGGUUUGAUAUCCGGGUAUAUGAAGGCAGGUUUGUUCAAUGAUGCGGUUGCAUUGUUUUUGAGAAUGGAUGUGGCGCCUAAUGCAGCAACAUUUGUUAGCAUUCUUGGGGCAUGUGGGAAAUUGGGUUGUUUGAAUUUGGGGAAGGGGAUUCAUGGGUUGGUUUCUAAAUAUCCGCAUGGAAAGGAGUUGGUGGUGAGCAAUACUUUGAUGGAUAUGUAUGUGAAGUGUGAGUCCGUGACUGAUGCGAAGCGAUUGUUUGAUGAGAUUCCUGAAAAGGACAUUGUUUCUUGGACUAGUAUGAUAAGUGGAUUAGUGCAAUACCAGUGUCCACAAGAAUCACUUGAUUUGUUCUAUGAAAUGUUGGGUUCAGGUUUUGAGCCUGACGGGGUUAUACUAACCAGUGUGCUAUCUGCUUGUGCUAGUCUUGGGCUUCUUGAUUAUGGAAGAUGGGUUCAUGAAUACAUUGAUCAUAGCCGUAUCAAAUGGGAUGUCCACAUAGGAACAUCAUUGAUUGACAUGUAUGCUAAAUGCGGUUGUAUAGAGAUGGCCCAACAAAUGUUUAAUUUGUUGCCUUCUAAGAAUAUCCGUACUUGGAAUGCCUAUAUAGGUGGUCUAGCAAUAAAUGGGCAUGGGCAAGAAGCAUUAAAACAAUUUGGAUAUUUGGUUGAAUCUGGUACAAGGCCUAAUGAGAUUACAUUUCUAGCUGUUUUUUCAGCUUGCUGUCAUUCUGGCUUGGUUGAUGAAGGCCGUAGCUAUUUCAAACAGAUGACAAGUCCCCCCUAUAAUCUUUCUCCCUGGUUAGAGCACUACGGGUGUAUGGUUGAUUUGCUCUGCAGGGCUGAAUUGGUGGAGGAAGCUAUGGAGUUGAUAAAUAAAAUGCCUAUGCCACCUGAUGUGCAGAUCAUAGGGGCUCUUUUGAGUGCCUCCAGUACAUAUGGAAAUGUCGAGUUAACUCCAGAAAUGUUAAAAACAGUUCGAAAUUUUGAAUGUCAAGAGAGUGGCGUAUAUGUGCUUCUCUCUAAUUGGUAUGCAAAUAAUAAGAAAUGGGCUGAAGUAAGAAGCGUUAGGAGAUUGAUGAAGGAGAAAGGAAUAUCCAAGGCUCCAGGUUCUAGCCUUAUAAGAGUGGAUGGUAAGAGUCAUAAAUUCGUAGUUGGAGAUAACAACCAUCCUCAGAGUGAGGAUAUUCACGUUCUAUUAAACAUCCUUGCCAAUCAAACCUACCUUGAGGGACAUAUUGAUACCCUUUCAUGACCAAACAGCCAUGCAUGAGCCUAAGGUAAUCAGUCAUCUGAACUCCGAUGAGGUGAGAGUAGCUACUUUUCCUCAAAUCUGGAAUAGAGUUCAUAUAAAAAAAAUAAGAUGCUUCGAUUAAAUUGCAGCUACGGAAUACAUCAAUUCAUCAACAGUUGAUGUGAUCAUUAUAGCAAAGAUUCAUUCUCGCUCCAUGUAAUGCAAUGAUGUUUGUUUUCUUGGUAUACAACUUUGGAGAUCAAUUUAUGUACAAAAUCAAAUCUCUCAGAGGAGAUCUUCACAACAUAAUUUUAGGAUAUCUUGCUGCAGCUUUGGCAUUCUAAAUAUUUUCCAACGGCAUUUUAUUAUCUUAAAGAUGAGAAUUUUUAUGUAUGAAUUUAGUCUAUAGAAGCUGUGUAAACUAAAUCCAUUACAUAUUGACCUGAAAUCAGGUAUUCUUCAUGCUCUAAACAAAGUCUAUUGGUCUCUGAA